AUGAAGGCCCGAAUUGUCAAACUCGCCGCAUCGGCUGGCGUUCUAGUCGCGAUGGCCGGCAAGGUGCUGGCUGUCACGAGCGGCGAGUUCAGCAUACUGAGCAUUAACGUCGCCGGCCUACCGGACUUCCUCAAUAACAACGAGGUCCCGGGGGAUAAAGCCACAAACUCGAAGCUGAUAGGCACCAAGUUUGCUCAGUACGACUAUGCAAUAAUCCACGUACAAGAGGACUUCAACUACCACGCGCAUAUCUACUCGACGGACACGCACCCGUACCGCACCGCGACGUCGGGCGGUGUACCCUUCGGGUCCGGGCUCAACACGCUAUCCCAUUUCGACUGGAUCGACUUCGAGCGCGUCAAGUGGGACACGUGUAGCAACGCCUCCGGUGCCGACUGCCUGACCCCCAAGGGGUACACCUUCAUGCGUGCCAAGAUCAGCGACGGUGUGUACGUCGACGUGUAUAAUCUGCACGCCGAUGCCGGCACCGAGACCGCCGACAAAGCGGCGCGCGCAGCCAACCUCGCACAAGUUGCCGACGCCAUCGACGCACGGAGCGCCGGCAAUGCCGUGCUCGUGUUCGGAGACACCAACAGCCGCUACACACGCAGCGGUGACGGGAUCCGCGUCUUCGCGGAGCAGAACGGGCUGACGGAUGCCUGGAUCGAGGUCGUGCGGGGUGGAAGGGUCCCCACGGAAGAGACGGUGUGCGCGAACCCGAGCACGACUAACGAGUGCGAGACCGUCGACAAGGUCCUAUACCGCGCCAGCCCACUCCUCGACCUGCGGGCAGCGGGCUGGGCCUACGAUAGCAGGCGUUUCCUCCAACCCGACGGUAACAUCCUGUCAGACCACAACCCCGUCGCCGUCAACUUCACCUGGGCGACCGGGUCGGCACUGCAGCAGUCUGGCUUCUGGGGCGGGCCGCAUGGCACCUGGUUCAGCGACGUGCCUGUACUCUCCGCCAAGGCUUCCCCCAAGGUCAAAGCCGUCGCGUUCCGGGGCGCGAAGCGGCUGGACAACGUCGGCCUCACGCUGGCGGACGGGACGGCUCUCGCGCACGGUGGUGGCGGCGGAGACGAAGCCCGGCUCACGCUGGCGACCGACACGGGCGAGUACUGGGCCCGCGCGGAGCUGUGCCAGGGGCAGAAGGACGGCCGCACCCGGAACUUCUACAUCCGGGCGACGACGAGCACGGGACGGACCCUCGAAGCUGGGACGGCAACCAGCGACUGCGCGACGUUCGCGGCGCCCGCCGGCUGGGGAAUCGUCGGCUACCUGGGCCAAGCGGGCGACGAGGUGGACCGACUGGCGUUCGUGUACGCGCCACAGUAG